UCCCUCUCUCCGCGCGCGCACACGCGAAGAGGCCCACGAGGAGCCCGAUUGCUUUGCCCGGAUAACGCGGCACAUGAUGGGCAUUCCCUCUCAACCCCCCCCCCCCCGCUGAGCUGCUGCCCUAUAGAUGGUGCUGUGGCCCGCAAGCUCCGCUUUCCGGCCGCUCCGGCCCCUCUCCAGCCGCACCUCCCCGCCAGCCUUUUCCUGCCUCCCAGAAACCAUCUCUGGCUGCCUGGUUUCCUUUCCAGCCUGCCGCCGCAGCUUCUUUGCCUUGCUGCUCCUCUGCGGAGAACAAGAGCGCCGCCCCCCUUGGCCCCCCUGCCGUACCCAGCGCCCAGCCAUGGCUGAAGGGGGCCCGCCCGCCCAGUCUUCAAGAUGGAGUUCAGAAGUCCAGGCUCCUCCCCACGUGGACGUUGGCUUCCCGAAAGAGGCGCAGCUACAGCCAGCCACGAUUUCUCUGUGGACGGUGGUGGGGGCUGUCCAGGCGGUGGAGAGGACUGUUGAGGCACAGGCCUUGCGGCUGCUGAGCCUGGAGCAGAGAUCGGGGACGGCCGAGAAGAGGUUUGUGGACUGCGAGAAGUCAGUAGCGGAGCUAGGAAGCCAGCUGGAGAGUAGGGGGUCAGCCCUGGGGACCCUGAUCCAGGAGUAUGGGCUGCUGCAGAAGAGGCUGGAGAAUAUGGAGAACCUGCUGAAGAACUGGAAUUUCUGGGUCCGCAAAGUCCCCGUGGGCUCCACUGGAGAGGGUUUGAAGGUCCCGGCGACGUUUGGCGAUGGCUCGAGCCACUUUUCUCGGGAGAAAUGGGAAAGGCUGGAGGAGUGGCAGAAAGAGCUGUACAAAAACGUGAUCAAGGGGAACUGUGAGUCUCUGAUCUCACUCGAUUUUGCUGUUUCUAAACUGGAGAAUUUGGCCUGUACUGAACAAGCACCUCAUACUCUAGAUCAAAAAGGCUCAGAAGGACGCACUCAGGAACUUCCAUCCGAUUCCAAAACAGAAUCUUCCAUUUCCAGAACGGAUAUUAUCUCGUGGAUUAAGCAAGAGGAGGACUCAUGUGCCAAGGACAGUAGGAAUGCUCAAGAAGGAGCCCUUUGUCAAAGUACCUGUAAUUAUUAUACCGUUUCUCGAUUGGGUACUUUACAGGCAGAGGGAGGAGGAGACAAACCCUGUGACCUGCGCCAGGUGGACAACUUGGAAGCAGCAGCACCCAAAGUCCGCACCUCAGGCAAAACAGAAUCGGAUGCUUCUAGGACGGAUGUUGUUUCUUGGGUCAAACGGGAGGAGCCCCCCGCCAGAAGGGACGAUGGAGGCUGCCAGCAACGCACUUGUGACUCAAAUGACAGAUCCGUGCUGCACACUGAGGAACCUCAGGCAGAAGACCCUGCAAACCCACCCCUGCUCCUCUUCUUCCCGGGAGGGUCAGUGGCACCCAUUUUCAAUGGCUCCAUUGGCGAGAGCCAGCCCCUCUCCAACCUUCAUGGUACCCACGGCGGGAAGAACCCAAACUCUCCUGCGGCGACCCUCGCGGUGGGGAUGGACCGCCCGCACACCUGCCUGGAAUGCGGCAAAACCUUCAGCCUCCUGCUCAGCCUCCAGAUCCACCAGAUGAACCACCAGAAGCGGAAGCAUUACAAGUGCUCCUACUGCGGGGUGGCCUUCAGCUGCCCCUCAGAGCUCGUGCGGCACCAGAUGAUCCACACCGGUGAGCGCCCCUACAAGUGCACGGUGUGUGGGAAGGGCUUUGUGCGGAAGCAGCACCUCAUCCCCCACUUGCGCCUGCACACGGGCGAGAGGCCGUAUCACUGCGCCGAGUGCGGGAAGGACUUCAUCUGCAAGCACCACCUGCUGGAGCACCAGCGCACCCACACCGGAGAGCGGCCCUACGCCUGCACCAAGUGCGGGAAGAAGUUCCGGCGGAAAAAGUCCCUGAAGGACCACUUGCGGAUUCACAGCGCAGAGGAGGGACAGGGACAGGCGGACUCAGCCCAGGAUCUCCUGCGGGAGCCUGAGAGCGCAAUGGCAGACGUUAGAAUAGAAAGUGCAUGGUAGGGGCAAAAAGCAGCCAGGAGGUGGGUGGGAAUAACGACAGGGCGGUUGUGUGUGCACAUGGCCCCUUGCUCAAGCAAGAUCGUCUUUUUGGUAAGGCUGAACGUCCUUGCUGCUACACAUUGAAGGUCCCUUGCAAAAACACUCCCAGUUCUGUAAGCUGAUGUGUCUGUUUGGCUUCAUUUGUUCCAGCCUUGCUUACCUUGGUGCUUUCAGCUGUUUUGGACUACAGCUCCUAUCUGUAGGAGUUGCAGUCCAAAACAGCUGGAUGGCACCAGGUUGGGCAAAGCUGAUGCAUUCAUAGAAUCAUAGAAUAGUAGAGUUGGAAGGGGCCUAUGAGGCCAUCAAGUCCGACCCCCUGUGCAAUGCAGGAAUCCAAAUCAAAGCAUUCCCGACAGAUGGCUGUCCAGCUGCCUCUUGAAUGCCUCCAGUGUCGGAGAGCCCACUACCUCUCUAGGUCAUUGGUUCCAUUGUCGUAUGGCUCUAACAGUUAGGAAGGUUUUCCUGAUGUCCAGUCGAAAUCUGGCUUCCUGCAACUUGAGCCCAUUAUUCCGUGUCCUGCACUCUGGGAUGAUUGAGAAGAGAUCCUGGCCCUCCUCUAUGUGACAACCUUUCAAGUACUAGAAGAGUGCUGUCAUAUCUCCCCUCAGCCUUCUCCAGGCUAAACAUGCCCAGUUCUUUCAGUCUCUCCUCACAGGGCUUUGUUUCCAGUCCCCUGAUCAUCCUUGUUGCCCUCAUUGUUUGAGAGGCCACGGGGAGGGGCUGUAUCCGUCCUUAAGAGCAAGAGACCUUUUGGUGUCUGCCUCCGGCAACGGAUCAUCGUUUUGAUGUGUAACAAUUUAUCCAUCGCCCAGUGUUGCUUCUGUGUCCAUCCAGUCUAGAUGCAUCAUCCUGUUUAGCGUGUGGGGUUUGCAAUCCUUCCAGGAUAUUUGCAUCUGCUUGAUUUGGAUUUUAAGCCUGUGGGCAGGCCCAGUUUAGUUCUCAAGUUUUAUAUAUGGUUCUAGGCACUUUCUGAACAAUAAACAACUCAUUAGCUGUACAUGUGCCAUUGUAUCAAGGACCGUCACCUGGCUAAAAAUGAGUUUAGUUGUUCCCUUGUCUGACGUUUAAAUACAUUGGCAUGUUACCCUCUUGAGUCUUGUUGAAAGUGAGAAUUUAGCACACAAAAGCUCUUCACACCUUUUGUUUUCCUUUCAUCCUUAUGCCAAUAUGCUGUGUGUACACACACACACAUCAUUUGUACUGUACCCUUAAUCAGUGGGUGUUUAUUGUGGGGAGGCAGUAAUGGCCACCAAUUUGGAUGGCUUUAAAAGAGCAUUAGACAAACUAAUGGAGGGUAAGGCUAUCCAGGGCCGGCGCCAGGCAUGACUGGGCCCUUGGCUCCAUAGUCCAACACCCUCCAACACAUAGUCCAACAUGUAUAGGCAUCACGGGGCUAAUAAGGUAGCCCAUGCGCCCCACCUGUCUUUCGUGUUGUGGAAUGAUGUGUCCAUAACACACAUGCCUGCCAUUAACCAAGUUGGUGAUGGGUGUCAGCCCCUUAGGGAAGCCUCCACUGCCAUCUUGGGUAAUAGCAAGCAUAUACACACAGCGUGCAUGGCAUUCACGCUGAUAGCAUGGGUAGGUGGGGCAGGCGGGCAGGCUUACUGAAGCCUGUGCUUUCUGUAUUGGGGGGGGUUGCCUGGGCAUUCCCGCUCUGUGAUCCACAGCAGGGUCAGAUUGCAGGACCUGACGCUGCAACGGAUCGUGGAAUGGGAGCGCCACCAUCCCACCCUAAGGAGGGACCCUUGGCCAGGGCCCAACCUGGCCAAUCUCUGGCGCCGGCCCUGGGGCUAUCAAUGGCUACAAGCCACAAGGUCCUGCUUGCAGGCUUCCCAUUGGGACAUCAGGAUCCUGGAUUAGAUGGCCCACUGGCCUUAGUGCUCCUCACUGAGGGAUUUUACAGCAUCCUCAUGGUGUAAAAUAAAAACAGCCUUAUUUCCUACCCCCCCCCCAAAUUUGGAAGCACCCCUUGUUCUAGGUAGUCUAUACCCACUUGAGGCCUAACCCCUAACAAGGAUGCACAGAGUAUCAAUGGACCCCUUUCCCCCCUUCUGAACUCUAAUCUUUUCAUCCCUCUUGUGUUUUAUUUCAGCCAGUUGCUUACCAUCAUCAAGCAGUUUUUCUAUCAUGUUUCCAAGUAGUUUACAAACAAACAAACAAACAACAGGACCAGGUAAAGCAGCCUUCACAGCCUGAUGCCCUCCAGAUGAUUUGCAUUACAACCUGGGUGGUGGCAGUUGUAGUCUAAAACAUACGGAGGGCACCUGUACAGUGGUAUAGCAGCUGAAUUAAGGUAACCAACUAAGGGCAUCUGUUGUGAUGUUCCCACCUGCAGACUAAGCUCAGUCUCUACGUGAAGCGGUCAGGUGGUUUUGCAAAUUUAGGAUUAUGAAAGUGCCCUGGGUAGCAGUAGAACUGGAUAAACAGAAGACUUUUAUACCCCUUUCUGUUGUAAUUUGCG